CUGGCAUCUCUCUUCAUGUUGCUAGGCUCUUGGUGAAUUUGUCCUGGUGGAAAAAGAUGUCAAGAUUAAGAAGAAAGGAAAGAUUUACAGCCUGAAUGAGGGCUACGCCAAGUAUUUUGAUGCAGCCACCACUGAAUAUGUGCAGAAAAAGAAAUUCCCUGAGGAUGGCAGUGCUCCCUAUGGGGCCAGGUACGUGGGCUCCAUGGUGGCUGACGUGCACCGCACCCUGGUCUAUGGAGGAAUCUUCCUGUACCCAGCCAACCAGAAGAGCCCUAAGGGCAAGCUCCGGCUCCUGUAUGAAUGCAAUCCCGUGGCCUACAUCAUUGAGCAGGCAGGAGGCUUGGCAACCACGGGGACCCAGCCUGUACUGGACGUGAAACCCGAGGCAAUUCACCAGCGAGUCCCCCUCAUUCUGGGGUCCCCAGAGGAUGUGCAGGAAUAUCUCACCUGUGUGCAGAAAAAUCAGGCAGGCAGCUAGUGAGCUUCACCCCACAUGCCCUCUUCUCUUUGUCUUGUACCUUGUCUAAGGUCCCUAAAUGGAUGAUAAACAGAGAUGGUAGCGAUGAGUAUACAAAAGGUAAAUCCACUUAAUCACAUACAGAAGAGCAACAACAAACUGCUUGUGACAGGUUUGGAAGCCACAGGCGAUUCUGUGGUCAAUGUGAAGGACUAGAAAUAAAAACCCACACGUGGAAAGAGCGA